AUGAUUAAUCUAACCAGACAACAUGGUCUGAAUGACGUGACAACUGAAGAAUUAGAGGUUCCCCACUGGGAACGUCUAUUUGAAUACGGCUUAAUGCUACAGCCUCGUGUCAAAAAAAUAGUUAUACUUGGAUUUGGUUCCAGCGUCAGUACACCUCAAGGUAUCCUCGCUGAAGCAAUAGUUGUUAAAAGUUUUGCAGAACUUGAACAACUGGACAGAACAAAAGUUCAAGGAAAAAUAGUAGUAUUUAAUGAACCCUAUGUUUCUUAUGGGGAAACUGUUAUCUAUAGAACCCUAGGGGCAUCAAAGGCUGCCAGGAAAGGUGCUGUAGCAACCCUUGUGAGAAGCAUAACACCAUUUUCAAUUUAUGCACCUCACACAGGAGCGCAAUACUACGAAAAUAAUGUUACAAAAAUACCAACAGCGGCCAUAACUCUAGAAGACGCAGAUUUGUUACAAAGACUACAGAACGAAGGAGAGAAGAUUGUACUCCAAAUUCUAAUGUAUUAUACAGAAGAUACAAAGAAAUCACGUAACACAUUAGUUGACCUUAAAGGCAGAGUAAAUCCUGAGAAGCUGGUCAUUGUGUCUGGACAUAUAGAUAGUUGGGACGUAGGAGAAGGUGCCAUGGAUGACGGUGGAGGCAUGAUGAUUAGUUGGUUUGUUCCAGUUGUACUAAAUACUCUCAAUCUGAAACCUAGACGAACAGUGAGAGCAAUUUUGUGGACAGCCGAAGAACCAGGAUUGAUAGGAGCCCAAGCGUAUUUGAACCAGCAUAAAAACGAACUAGACAAAAUUAAUUUUAUUAUGGAAUCUGAUGAAGGAACGUUUCAACCUUUAGGGUUGGAUGUUGCUGGUUCUAACAAAACACGUUGUAUUGUACAGGAAGUUUUGAAGCAAUUUGCACCAAUAAAUAAAAUGGAAAACAGUGGAGCUCCUGGUUCUGAUAUUGUGUUAUUUAUAAAACAAAACGUGCCUGGAGCGUCAUUGCUUAAUAGGAAUGAGCGGUAUUAUUGGUUCCACCAUAGUGAAGGUGAUACUAUGGUUGUACAAAAUAUGACAAAUGUGGUUGAAUGUGCUGCUUUUUGGGCAGCGUUCUCAUAUGUUAUAGCUGAUCUCUCGGUGGACUUACCACGACAUUAG